ACCUUCCCUCUGCCUUUGAUUCCUACAAGUAUGGCAACAUGUAUAUCAGCCCAGGUAAAAAACUCCCCAUGAUGAAAGUUGGUGGUAAACUACAAGGAUGGCUUUUUAUCUACAACCCCAGCAAAAACAUUGUUGGUUUCAAGAUAUCCCCACCUCACAUAGUGACAGGUGAUGUCAGUUUCCUUGAGCCAUCAAAGUGCAGAGCUUUUAGAUUGUCUGUAGACCCUACUGAAGAUAAAGAGUUAUACUUUGUCCAUAUCCACUGGUUCCUGUUGGAGUCUAACAGAGAAUACACUGAUGAAGAUAUCCUGCCCUUGUAUAACAGCACCACAUCUGAGAGCCUUCUCAAACACAGAUUAGCAGUCUCCGUAACAGAUGUGCAAUCUUCUGAGUUACUUCCCUUGAAACUGGCUACUGUAGAACCUGAUAGCUCACAUGGUUAUCUGGCAGAAGUUUUUAAAAAUGGAAUUUCUGUUCAAAAGUACUGGUUAAAGAGAGGCAACUAUGUUUGUCACCUGUUACCUACAAGCAAUGUGCUGGUCCGUUACCCAAAAUAUCCUACACUUGGCCAGCCAAAUGGAUUCCAGAGAGGAAUGAGAAUUGUCAUAGAUCUUCCUGAAAAAGAUCUGUAUGCUGAAGCCAUAAUUGAAGAGGCCACUGAAGAUGGAUUUUUAACAUUAGAAUAUUCAAGGGAAACAACCAAUGAACACAUGAAGGCAAAAAUUACAGAUCCUGUUAUCAGUAUAAAGGAAAUCGAGUAUGAAAUAAUAGAAAAGCAAAAAAAUGAAGUCGAGCCUCAGGAUGGGAAAAAAUCAGAAGAUCAGAAACCAGAAGUUGUGAAAGUGGCAGCCUUAAAUCUCAUCAGUUAUGAACCAAGAGGUCAUGUGUCAGUGACCAAAAGGGCAUAUGUGUUCCCUCCCUUUCAUCUUCUUACUGAGGCAAGUCAAGCUGCUAUUGAGUCAAUAGACAAUGUAUGGAGGGCAAACACUCUCAACUCUGUGGCUCAGUGUAGAAGUGUUCCAACAAGAGUUACAGUGCAAGAGCUCCAACUUAGCGAGCUGAUUGGCAGUGACACAGAAUGGCUUGUGGGAGCAAACUCCUCCAGAAAAUUUGACAUGGCUUUUGCAUUCCUGCCAUCAAAUUUGGGCCAUAAGACCCUGUGCUAUCCUUCAGUGCCUCGCAUGUUUACAAACAUUGAUGUCCAUGUUCUGUGUUUCUUAGUUGACCAGAUGUACUUCAACAUCCAGCUGGGCAAUGACCAUGAGAUAAGCCUGGACGUCCCCCUCCACUUUGUCAAUGUUAACCCCAUCACCCCCAGCCCCCCGCUGCAGGCUGAAGACAUGUACACGUCUGCCUUCAAUGGCUGGAUCUACUCCACCCUCUACUCCAACAAGAUGUGCCUCCCACACUGUGACAAACUUUUUCCUGAGGGUAGACCAGAUUUUAACAAAACUCAGCUUGAAGCCUUGAUGAGGUCAUUGAUCCAUGUGUACGCAGCACAGUGCCACCUACUGGCAGAACAGUAUGGAGGCAUCAAGUACCAGACCACACCUGAAAAUGGAACCAAAGUUAUAACAGACUCCAUCCAACACAACUACAUGAGCAUCAUUCAGCAGACUGAUCAGGCUGAACUAGCCGACGACACCCUGAUCAAGAAAGGUUUCCGGAACAAUGUGUACUGUAAGGCCCACCAGUGGUGUCUGCCUGGAACCAAUGUCCAGCUGGAGGGAGAGUUUGACUUCAGGAAAGAACUAUUCUCACCCUACGAGGAAACGGUGAAUGUGAUCUGGCGGGAGGGUCUGAAGAUCCCCAAACUCCCCCAGCAUCUGUACGCUCUCUUGACCAACCUGCAGUACCUCAAGCUUGAGGGCUGCGAUGGCUUGAAGGAACUGCCUGAUGGCAUCUCCAAGUGUGAGCGCCUUGAGAUGAUCUCCCUGAGGAACUGUGUUAUUGAGAUUUUGCCUUCUGAUUUGUUCCACAUUCCGUACCUCCACAGAUUUCACUGCCAUUCUCUCAAGGUGAAGACUAUGCCAACCAGUAUUCCAGUUAACUGUCCCAUCACCCACCUCAUCCUGUCAGACCUUUUGCUGACUUCCAUCCCUAAAGAGUUUGGUCUUCUCACUGACCUGGAGUUGCUGAACCUGAACAGCAACCCAAUUGAGACUCUUCCUAUGGAGCUAAGCUCAUUGACUAAGCUUAAAACACUGCUUCUUUGUGGUGUACCAUGGAUUGUGACUGGAGGUUCUAAAGUUGAGAUGCCAAUAGACCAGUACCAAGACUUUCUUGCACACAAUUCUUCUUUGGACUACUAUCUUGGCAGGGAGAAAUUGAUGGCCAUGUUUAAUGAAGCUGACCAUAACAAGAAUGCUAGACUUGAUGAAACAGAAAUUGCUGCACUUAAUGCCAUUUUUUUCUGGAAAGUUCCCCGUUUAGGAUCGUCCUGCAUAAAUUGCUCGGAAUAUGGCGGCAUCCCUCCAGUUAUAUUCCUUCUCAGUGGACUUGAGACCCUCCAUCUGGACUUCCAAGCAAUCACCAUAGUGCCAGUACACAUGUGUCGUCUGCAGAACCUCAAGGCACUGAGCAUAUCCCAUAACCCCCUGCUGGAGAGUUUGCCAGGGUCGCUGGGUCACUUGCCCAGCUUGAAAUCCCUGAGAUUAGUGAGCAAUCCUUCACUAAGAACUCCCCCACAUGAAGUAGUGAGCAGAGGAUUCCAGUCCAUCAAAGCCUACCUGAAGCGUUUGGCUGGAGGGUUCACUGAGUGCAGACGGACAAAGCUAAUGCUGGUUGGACUUGGAGGUGCUGGAAAAACAAGUCUCCUACAAGCUCUGAUGAGUGAUGCCAAGAAAACAGCAGGCACAAGAGGGCAGGAUAUAACCAAUGGUAUUGACAUCCUCCCCUGGACAGUGAAGGACACCAAUGGAGUGGAUGUCACCUACAGCACCUGGGACUUUGCUGGUCAAACUUUGUACUACAACACACAUCAGUUUUUCCUGUCCAAACGAGCUGUCUACUUGCUGUUGUGGUCAACCAGACAAGGUUUUGAGCAUGCUGGGCUGGAGUUCUGGCUGAGUUCUAUAGCCAGCCACGCCCCCAAGACACCCAUUUUUGUUGUUGGCACUCACUGUGAUCAGGUGCCCAAAGCAGAUAUUCCUAUAGCUGAUCUUAAGCAACGCUACCCACAAAUCGCUGGGUUCCAUUUUGUCAGUUCUCUUCAAGGAACAGGCAUCAUAGAGUUAGAAAAGGAUCUACUGAAAGUGACAUUGGAACAAAAGAACAUGGGUGAAAAGAUUCCACAAGUCUGGCUUAAACUGGAAGAACAAAUCUUAAAAGCAAGAAAAGCUAAAAGUAUACUGGAAUGGACAAAAAUCAAACAAUUUUGCAUGGAGGUUGGAAUUUAUGAUGAGAAAGAUAUUCGUGAGGCCAUUCAGUUUCUACAUGAGCUUGGCACAGUCCAGUAUUUUGACAAUGAGUUUCUGAGAGAUCAGGUUGUCAUCAACCCUCAGUGGAUUGUCAAUGUCAUGUCAUGUGUGGUGUCAGUGAAGAACUCUCCUAUUCAGGAUAGCAAAGGUAGAUUUCACCACAAAUUUAUCAAAGAAAUUUGGAAGGAAUAUCCUGAGUCAUUACAUCAGUGGCUGCUCAGGCUGACUGAAGAGUUUGAUUUGACCUUUCCCCUCCCUGAAGAGGCAACUAACAUUGUGCCAUGUCUGCUGCCACAGGAAGUGCCAGAUAAUCUUAACUGGCCACUACCAGAUGUUAGCAAGCACCAAAAAGAGACCAAGCUUAUCUACCAGUUUUCUUACCUCCCUGCUGGCCUAUUCAACAGAGCUCAGGUUCGGCUGUUUCAAUUGUCUGAUGGAAACCUAAUCUGGAAACGAGGCUCCCUCUUGAAGAAGAACAAACACAAGGCUCUGAUUUCACAAACCAGUGACUCAGAACUCCAGGUCAAAGUUCAAGGACCUCGACCAGAAAAUGUUAUUUUCCUCAUCCAUGAGAUCUUUGAGUCCCUUAUCCAGGAAUCUUUUCAUGGUGUCAUUUAUGAGUUCUUGAUUCCCUGCCCAGACUGUAUCAUUAGAGAAGGAACUCUGGACCCCAGCAUGUUUGAGAGCAGCCUGGUCAAGCGAGCAAGAGACCAUCGUGCCCCAUUCCUUCAGUGUAGAAAAUAUUUCCACACCAUCUCUAUGGCUCAGCUCUUUGAGGUGAUGCCAUCUGACAGUGAUUCAGACUUUGAUGCUCACUUACAAAACAGCCUGACUAUCAUGCAACAGUUGAACUCAGCUCUGUCAACAGAUGUGGCCAUUAUCUACAGCUCCAAGGACAAGGUUGAUGACAAGCAUCCAACUCUGCUCAAUCCUGAGAGGGUCUGGAGAGAUCUAGAGGCGGCGGGAAUCACAUGUUGGUAUUCUGAUGACAUGGAUUCCAUCUCUGUUCAAGACUUAAUGCUGGCACUAAAAAACUGUAAGGUGGUUGUUGCCCUUGUCUCAGACAACUUUGAGAGAGAUGAGAAAUCCCAUGGCCUGCUCAUGUACACCAUGGACACCCUGGCCAAAAAUUUCACCAUCGUGGUCAUUGGUGAGAGCCAGGAGUGGCUCAACACUGACCUGGGGAUGAGGAUAGGAAAACAGGAGGAAAUGGUGAUGGUGAAGACAAAAAACAGAUAUGAUGAGAGCCGCAUUCAGCAAAUGGUUAAAGCUGUCAGUGUUAAACUACAACAAAAUCAGCAGAGUCUUCAGAAACACCCAAGUGUUUUCAUCAGCUACUGCUGGUCCAACUCUAGAGAAGCGCAGAAACUCGGGACAAUCUGUUCUGACAAGUCCCUAGGCUGGGGUGACCCCAGGGAGGUCAAGAAAGAGCUGGAGAAAAAAAACAUAACCUGUUGGCUGGACAUUGACCAACCAUUUGCUGGUAAAGGUCUAUUUAAAAACAUCACAGAAGGCAUCAGGAACUCUAAAGUGUUGGUUGCAUUUGUCUCUGAUGAGUAUGUGAGCUCAGACAACUGCAUGAUGGAGCUGAGGUUUGGAGUUUUAAAUCUUCAGCUGCCAACUAUUAUAGUUGUUGUUGGCACGGGGAAAGAUUGGAAGCAAUCUGAGGUUGGAAUAUUGAUGCAGAGAUCUAAGGCUGCAAAAGUUUACAUGCAACAAGAGAAUCCAACAGCCUUGGAUACUUUAGUCCAUUACAUUAAAGAAAGAAUGCCAAGCCAUUCAGAUCAAAUACUUGCCCAAAAAGAAAUCCAGACAAAAAUGAAGAAUGUUCAAGAACAAGAGAAAACUAAAGUGGAGAACAAGAAAGCAAUUGACAAUACAUCCAUUCAGGAGGAAUAUGAACUUGUACAGAGAAAGUUCAUGAGACACAUCAUCUCAUAUGUCAGCUCCAUGGACACUGUGCCCACACCUCGACUAAUUGUUGUUGAUUUUGAAAAGAUUGCGAGGUCAGUUGUCAAGAAAGAUGGACACCAUGACACUGAGAGCAUCUUAGAGAGACCUGGUUCAGCUGGCAGGCCAAGGCUGCGUCCAAAAACUGCCAGUCGCUCGUCUAAACUCAUGACUGUAGUUGCUGAAGAUGAGGCCGAUCAAUGGGAAAAUGAAACCUUUUGUCUGAAGCUGUUAUGUGAAGAUGAGAAGGGGUGGCACAUUUGCAAAAUGUCGUUCCCUGUAAAGAUGAAUGAAGAAUUAAAAAGUACAUUAAAAGGCUGUUCUGCCUACCUGGGCAGGAUGUAUGCAAUAUUACGUCAGAGUGCUGUCAGCCUCAACUGCUUUGAUGGACCAAUAGGGUCACAGUACAUUUCAUGGAUUGAACAGUGUGCUGUUGAGAAUGUCAACUUUUUAGACUCGUACAUCAAACUGAGAACCAGCCUUGUGGAAGAUGACACAGCUCAAGAGUUCUUGUCUCAGCUGAAGAGGUGCCAUCUGCCCACUGGUAAAAUCUACUGGCUGUGUGAGCAACAUGCCUCAGGCCCACGCAUCACCAGGCUGAGUACUGAGACGACGUCCCGUAAUGAGGUGGGGCGGGUCAUCUAUGAGGAGGACGUCAAGCUGAGAGACAACCUGGAACGUUCUGACAUCUACAAACAAAGGAAGAAAGCCAAAAGUCCUGCAGCUAACAUUGUACUCCCAGCACUUGAUGUAAAGAACAAAGAACAAAUAUCUGAGUAUGACCAAGCUCAAAAGACCAAACCAGCGCAUGAGACAAAACGCCAGGAAUCUGUGAGAAACCUGGCCACACUCCUAACCAGCCCAUCAGACAGAUCUUCCUCCAGCACCUCUGUCAAGAGCAGCGCAGAUUCUGGUGCUGCCACCGACAGAUCCAGCUCUUCAGCAGCCUGA